GUCUGGUAGGUCUUUGCAUAACGAUGGAGAGAGGGGUACAGAGAUGGGUUGUGGACAUAUCAGGGUGGGACCCAUCUCCCCAAGAUUUCUCCUUUGCUCUCUCUGUUCUUCCUUCAGUUGAGCAACCCUCUGUCACCAGAUUUGUACAGAUGGGAGACAGGAAGCGGGCACUUGUGAGCCGGCUGCUUCAAUAUGCUCUUGUAAAUGAAGUUUUGGCAAUUCCCUAUGAUGAAAUUAUCAUUAAGCGCACCUUGGAAGGCAAACCAUUUCUGGAAUGUGGUGAUGUUUGCACAGAUUUUCCAAAUUUUAAUUUCAAUGCAUCUCAUCAUGGUGACUAUGUUGCUAUAGCGUCCGAACCUUUGUGCCUUGUCGGGGUGGACAUUGUUUCCAUAGUCAUUCCUCAGAAAGAGACGGUUAUAGAGUUUAUUCAAAACUUCUCCUCAUACUUUUCAACUUUUGAAUGGGAUAGUAUAGUCAAUGCUGGCACAUCUGAUGAUAUUCUGAUUGAGUUUUACAGAUAUUGGUGUCUGAAAGAAGCUUAUGUCAAAGCGAUUGGGAGUGGAGUGGCAUAUGGUUUGGACAGAGUGGAAUUUCAUCACAGUUGCUGGACAAACAUCUCUGUUAAUGUUGAGGGGAAGGCUAUGAAAGAAUGGCGCUUUUGGCUUCUUGAGCUAGGAAAGGGACAUUUGGUCUCCAUUGCAAGGGGUCAUCCAAGAUCAGCUACCGAGAGUUAUAUGGGAACAUUAAAACAGGCAGAGUUCGAUGAAGAGGAGUAUCACGCAGCUCUUCAUCUUCCAAAUGUCAGAUUUGUCUCAAGAACUGUAGAACAACUCAUUCCGGUUUCACACAAAGACCGUGUACAUCGUACUUCGAUUUCAUGAUACAAUUGAAGCGCCGAUGAACAGGAGAAAGCAUUCACUUCAGCUUUUUACAGGAGAAAUUAAAAUCAAACUGUAGUAGCCCUUCUAUAAAGUUUAAUGCCCCUGCUGCAUAGCAUUGUUUCGGUUCCCGUCAGCAUUAUUGUAUGUAAAUUGGGCAUGUGUGGUAGGAUGGGUCUAGAUGACUCGGGCAUUGUCAUUAUAUUGCUUGAGAUGUAAGCUUGAUUUUUGUUGUAUGCU